AUGCCGACUACGAUGCCGGAAACCUUUAAUCUAGCUCAUCUUGUCGACGCUCCCGCUGAUCAGCCUGAUCCGCGGCAACUAGCCCUUCAGGAGCGUCAACAAGCGAUGAAAAAGCGCCUCAAGCGACUCCGACAUCGGAUGAACCAACGUGGGCAUAAAUUUGAAAAGUGGCUAGAAUCUGCUGACCCUUAUUCCUGCUCUGGUCACUCUAGUACACUCUCAAUGAACGAUGCGUCACCUUCUGCGAAUCGCAUUCUUAUUCAGCGUCUUGCUAAGGAGAUUCGUCGUCUUAUCAGUCUUCCCGAAUCUGGACCCUGGGUAUCUGGUCGUGUAAGCAGUCUUGAACGCGCUCUCAAUGGCAUACUACGCUUAUUGACUGCGGUUUCUCCACCUUCUACUCCAGCCGAUGCUAGCUUCGCUAUCGGGCUCGGAAGCUCCUGUCCCGUCUCGCUAGCUAUGUCGACAUCAACAACAGCUAAGCGUACCGGGCAUUUACCCCACGAGAACUUUGUGGUCAACCCACAGCAGCCUGUCUAG